GUCCGGAGCAGGCCAGCAAGCUGUUUUACCCCUACCUGAAGACGUCUUCCCUCCACAGGGACUUCCUCUUCGCCAGUGGCUCCGGUAAGUGCCAAGACGAGUCGGGAUGCGAGGCUGAUAUGUCGGAGGGCGCGGAUGUGGGGCGCCACUCGCCGCCCCGGCCGCAGCAAGAGCCCAUCAACCUUAAGAAUGAGCAGGCGGAGUCUGACCGGGAGAGCGGCGCGAGCUCGCCGGAGGCGGCCCGUCAGCUAGCAGAGCCGCGGACCCCCUCCCCGCGCCGCACCCCGCACCAGCUGAAUGGCUCCAUGGCGUCCAUGUUCCAAAACCUGCAGAAUUUGGCCAGCAUGCAGCAGAACAUGCCGCAGCAGAUGUCCCAGCAGCUGCAACAGCAGAUGUCGCAGCAGAUGUCGCAGUUAGCUGCCAACCUGCAGGGGCUGACGUCCAUGCCGUCCUCCGUCAUCAACUCGCCUUUGAACCUGAGCGUCAGCGCGCCAGGCAUGGGAUCCCCCAACCCCGUGGGCAACAGCAACAUGCUGCCGCCAGCCAUGCCGUCGCCCAUGCCGCAGCUCAUCCUGGCUUCAGGGCAGCUGGUGCAGGGCAUACAGGGAGCUCAGCUGCUAAUACCGACCUCACAGGGUAUCGCCACGCAAACCAUCCUCACAAUACCAGUAAACCACGUCAACUCCAACGACCAGAUGGUGAACCUUGCCCUCAACAACGGGCAGGUCGUCUCCACCUCACUAGCCAACCUCCAAGCCAUGGCUCAACCACACCAGCUCCUCAACUCCAACCCUCAACAACCUAGACCCAACAUGCUCAACCCUACAUUGAGCAACGCGCUACUGAAUCCUGGGUUACCGAACUUCUUGUCGAACGGAGCUUCAAGCGCCCAAGAGCUGCUCCAAGCCUUCCAGCAGCCUCAGCCUAAUCACAACCUCCUUCAAACUGUGCAGCAGAACAACUUGAAUCAGCAGAUGCAAGGUCGGCGGUCGUCGUCCCCAAGGCCUGAUCGGCAUUAUAAGGAGAGGGAGAACUUCGAGAGAUAUGCGAGCAGUUCGAGAGAAAGAAGUGAGAGGGAGAACCAAGGGAGUGCGGCGAUUAACAGUAUUAACAGGCUCGCAGCUUCCAACGGCGAGAUUACAAUCACGACAUCGGCGCACUCUGGCACCGGCAGCUCAGCGGGCUCAGCACCGGCUCCAUCACCCCACGCGCCUGUCAAGAUGUCGCCCGGCUCUGUCAAGAGCUCGCAUGACGACGACCUGCUGGCUGACUCUCCAAAUCAACCAACAAUAAGCCAGUCGUCCAGUAACGUGGUCGAUGGAAUCAACUUAGAAGACAUCAAGGAAUUCGCAAAGGCCUUCAAACUACGGCGGCUUGGCCUAGGCCUCACCCAAACACAGGUCGGCCAGGCCUUGUCCGUGACCGAAGGCCCCGCUUACAGCCAAAGCGCCAUUUGCAGUGCCCUGGCUUCGCAGAUGCUAGCAGCUCAGCUGUCGUCACAGCAACAAAACAUAUUUGAGAAAUUGGAUAUAACACCAAAAAGUGCGCAGAAAAUCAAACCGGUGCUCGAACGUUGGAUGAAGGAAGCAGAAGAGAGGUAUGCAACCGGGCAGAACCAUCUGACUGAUUUCAUUGGUAUGGAGCCAAGCAAGAAACGUAAGCGGCGGACCUCGUUCACACCACAAGCUUUGGAACUGCUGAACGCACACUUUGAAAGGAACACGCAUCCAUCUGGUACAGAAAUAACCGGACUAGCACACCAACUGGGCUAUGAACGCGAAGUCAUUAGAAUAUGGUUCUGCAACAAACGCCAAGCACUCAAAAACACCGUCAGAAUGAUGUCGAAAGGAAUGGUCUAAAUCCAUCUACACCUAUUUUAAAGAUCUACUCACGGUGCGUCCAAACCGAGCUAUUUUUUCCCGCCAAAGUAAAUUUUAACAUCUGUUAUUCCAAUACAUUGUGUGUCAGAAACGCAAUUCCAGUGCUUACAAUCACCGGCGGCCAAGAAUAAGAAAGAUUUACUACCUAUUUUGUUUUAAUAGUUAGUUCAGUGUGGACGCACUAUUAACUGGCUGGUAAACGACAUAAUACUACAGCAUUUUUUGAUUUGUUUAACUUGAAAUAUGGCGUGUUUAGUUAUUUACUUGAACCACAGAUGCUAGAAAAGUUAAUGAUGGGAUACAGAUUAUCGAUGAUUUUAAUUGUUACAAUUUUACUGCAUUUAAUUUUUGAUCUGUUUCAAAAAAAAUAUUACGUUCAGUUCAAAAUACAGACGUGUUGCAUUUAUAUGAACGUUUUCAUAUUUUUUUUUAUUCCGGUUCAAACUACAGCUUGUAAGAUGAUAAGUUUUCUUACACAUAUUUUUUUCAUUACACAACGUCAUUCCAACAUUUCCAACCCACCUACACUAUGUUCCUUUGCUAGAUAUUCUAAACUGUCCUAAAUCAUUAUUAAAACAAAGUAGAAAAGUAGAAAAAAACAUUUUAACGCACCAUCUUACAUUUCAAUCAAAGAAAUGUUUGUACGAAAACUCACAGGUAUUUCGCUCUUAAAAUAAAUUCAAUAUGGAUAGGAUUUUUGAUAAAAUGUAAAAUUAAAACAAAUUUCGACUGAAAUAUUUGUCUCGGCGUAGUUUUAACCAUGAAUGGAGUAUUGUAGAAUAGGCAUAGGUGUCUAGUACAAAAUCAUUACCUAAUAUCGGGUUCCUGAUAAAGCCAUUUUUUGCUAAAUUAUACAAAGCUUGCGUACCAGAACUACAUAUGAGGGUGCAUACAUGUCCCCAAAUCCAGUAAGAAUGUUCUGGCAGCGCUUGAACUUCGGUUCACGUGCGUCUUAAUUUGAUGUUCACGAACAGGGCAGCAUUUUUAUGUAGCAAAAUAUUGCAUUUUGUAAAUAAGUACAAUAUUAAAUUCUCGAUACUUGAUAAAGUAGAUGAUAAAUUAAUUUAUUGAAAUACUCUGAGUUGUUCCGUUCUACUUAGCGAAUGUUGCACUUUACAAGUUUUAGUAAUAAUCGAUAUUAUGAAAGUACGUAGAUUUAAAUAAUUAUGUCGUCUGUCUUAGUGGCCUACUCAGAUUUUUUUAUCUAGUAGGUUUUUGUUGAUAGAUAGGAUAUAAAACGAUAUGUAAGUACAUUAUAGUUAAUAAAUACGUCGGCGUAAAUGUAAAUAUCGUUUGUGUUUUUGUUUCGUAUAACGUAUUAUUAAUUUUAAGUUAAAGAGUAAUUUAGCUUUGAACGAUAAUUUGUAUGAAUUGACAAGUUGGAUUUUUGUGGCCACAUUAACAAUUAAUUGUUUCACAUAUUAAAAUAUUUAAUUGAUCACUUUGUCGUGCAUGUUUCAUUAUAAAUACACGUAACAGGGGGUCUCUCAAUAUCUAUAUGUUAUGUGCAUAUUAUUUUGGGUAGAUAUUAUUUACAAAAAAAACUAUAAAAUUGCCUCGCAUUUGGAAAUGUAGAUUUUGAAGUACAUUAUUAUAUUCAAAGAUUUUCAAAAAAUGGUCGUUAUUACAAUGUUCUAUAAGUGUUUUGUGUGCCCGAAAAGUAUGCACAAAUUAUUAUAGCCUGGUCAAGCUUCUCAUUUUGGUAACUUGCGACUCUUUUUAAUCGACUACAUAGAUAAAAAUAACAUAAACUGCGGUUACUAUUUGAAGUAUUUCAAAAUGCUAGUGAUUUGAUAACUAUACAAUCCGGCACUGAAUUGAUAACGUUUAACAUAAAAACUUAACUAUUUAAAGUAUUUCAAAAUACAAGUGAUUUAAUAAAUUAUACUACCCAACAUACAUAAAACUGUUACAUCUCAUAAAGUCAUAUACAGAAUAAUUUAUGUUUAGUGACAUCUUCAUUUCGCACACAAGAUUAAUUUUCAAGAAAAUUCGUAUUACUUAGAGUGGCAAGUGUAAAUAAUUUAGUUAGAAAGUUUUCAUCUAAGACCUACUGUUAACUGUAUUACCGAUAGAAUAAGAUGUAAUUUAACGUAUGUUAAUGACCAAUGAAAACCAACUUGUGAUCAUUAAUAUUUGUACUGUUACCUACUACUUUAAACAAGAGUCGUUAAAAAAUAAUAUUAUAAUAAAAUUGAACAUAUUUUUCGGCUGUUGAAAAAUUGUAAAUACAAUAUUAAGGAUAAUAAAAACUAUUUGGAUUAAUAUUUAGGAACAAAGGGAAAAAUAUUAUCAAAAUUUAUAUUUUCAAAAAUUAUUACAAGUGCAAAAAGUGUAUUUAAAAAAAGGGAUGUUUGGCCAUAAUCAAAAUUUUACACGGAACGGAUUUUUUAUCGACUUAAGCACAACACUCCACACACACAAGCAGUAAGGUACACAGUGACUCAAAAUUGUGCGGUGCGACUUUGAACCUUACCUACUUAAGCCGGAAUCAGGUUUUUCGUUACCAUUCAUAAUAUAAUACCAAUGCUCUAGAUGACUUUAGUAGUAAUUUAAAUACCUAAUCGGAAAACAGUUUAGUAAACGUGCUAACGAAGAAAGUAGAUAUACAACGCAAUGAAAAGCCUGAUUCCCAUCAAACAUUAGUGUAAUAGAGAAGGCAUUUAGGAUGCUAAGUACAAAGGAUAAUUUAACUAUUAAACUGCUAGUCCCGUUAUGAAUAAAAUAAUUAAAUUUUAAUUGUUACUGGGCAAAUUCGCAUCGCACCGGUUUUCAUAAUUCGCAUGUAACUUGUAAACAAUAUAAUAGUCUAAAUACAUAAAGUCUACACAUAACUCAGCUGUAACACAUAUUCAAACCAAACUGUAACAAUAUGUAAUAGUGUAUUAAUUUUUUCUUCCUGUAAUGGUACCGAACGAAUGACUAUGGCUGCUGGUUUAUGAAGAAAAGCAGAAUAAAGGCAGAUAACUGUUUGAAA